AUGGGUAUGCCACCAUAUGGAUUAUCCCUUUUCAACGGGUCUUCCAUUCCUCUGUAUGAUGUUCCGUUUAAUGGGGGCUCAGCUUAUCACUAUAAUUACAAUAACCGACUUUCUGCAGGCAGCCCUUAUAGGCCACUGCAUAUAUCGGUACCUCCUCCUUAUGCUGGUGGAUCUAUGUUGAGAAAUGGUGGAAUAUAUGGUAUGCGUAUGCCUCUCUUGAUGGACCGGUAUGGAUUGGCUAUGCCGAUGGGCGGUCCUCCUCCUAUGGGGCCAAGGCCAGGAUUUUUCCAAGAUGAUAAUUCUUUAAAAAAGCUGCACCAAUAUUUCCUUCUCGUAACAUAGCUAGAAUUUUCACCGGUUUUUCCUCAG